AGAGAGAGAGAGAGAGAGAGAGAGAGAGAGAGAGAGAGAAGCCGCAAAUCCAGUCCGGAGCAUCUGUGAGCGAGGCAGGAAGAUGCGGACAGAGGUCUGCGGUAGCGGAUCUACAGCGGAUCUGACCAAACCAGACGAUGUGAUCUAUGAAUGACAUUUUUCGGUUGUCAGGGCCGGGAUGUGUUUGUGCCGAGUGACCGUGGACGUGUAGCGGGACUGCAAUGGAGCGUCGAUCCAACGCGUGAGAUCUGCUGACCGUCUGUCUGUUUCCAGGCUAAUAUUACAGACAAUAAGGCAAAGGCAGCUGUUCAGAGACAUAAAUCUCAUUAUAUAGACCGACUGAUGUCUGAAUAUGUGAUUUAAUCGUUCUAGCUAUUUUUCCUUUGUGAUACAAUCAAGAAAUCUGACUGAAUUUUUCAUGAAUGUUUAAAAAAUCAGUGCUUAUACAAUUUGCAUACAGGCAGAAAGCAGGAUUUUUACACUGAUUUAAGGUGUCAGUGUCUUAUUUGUGGUAUUAUACAUUGUACUUUAGUGUCAGUCAUGUCAAAGACUAAGAGCAGUGAGUCGGUGAAGGUGGUAGUUCGAUGCCGGCCUUUGAACCGGAAAGAGGAGUCUAACGGGCCUGCAGGUGGCAUUGUGCAGAUGGAUCUGCGGCUGGGGCAGGUAAUCCUCAGAAACCCUCGAGCGCCGCCAAGCGAACCCCAAAAGACGUUCACGUUCGAUGCUGUUUACGAUGCAAACUCCAAACAACGAGAUCUGUACGAUGAGAGCGUGCGACCGCUGAUAGACUCAGUGCUGGCGGGUUUUAAUGGUACCAUAUUUGCGUAUGGCCAGACCGGAACUGGGAAGACCUACACCAUGCAGGGCGCGUGGUUGGACCCAGAGAAACGAGGUGUGAUCCCCAACGCUUUCGACCACAUCUUCACCCACAUCUCCCGAUCCCAGUCUGAUAAGCAGUAUCUAGUGCGGGCGUCCUACCUCGAGAUCUAUCGAGAAGAGGUUCGGGAUCUCCUCGACCCUAAUCACGCCAACGCCAGGGCGCUGGAGCUCAGGGAGAGUCCGGAUACUGGCGUGUACGUGCGUGACCUCACGUCAUGUGUCUGCAAAAGCAUCAAGGAGAUCGAGGAGGUGAUGAACAUGGGCAACCAAGCAAGGGCGGUCGGUGCCACGGACAUGAACGAGCACUCAUCACGAUCCCAUGCUCUGUUCUUGAUCACAGUGGAGUGCAGCCAGCCCGGACCAGAUGGCAGGAAACACAUCCGGGUUGGCCGCUUAAACCUGGUGGACUUGGCAGGAAGUGAGCGCCAGGCCAAGACAGGCGUCCAAGGAGAGCGUCUGAAGGAGGCCGCUAAGAUCAACCUGUCCCUGUCCGCUCUGGGGAAUGUGAUCUCAGCUCUGGCCGACGGGCGUAGCGGCCACGUACCGUACCGGGACUCCAAGCUCACCCGACUUUUGCAGGACUCAUUGGGCGGGAACGCCAAGACUGUCAUGGUGGCCACUUUAGGUCCAGCCUCCCAACACUACGACGAGACCCUCACCACGCUCCGCUAUGCCAACCGGGCCAAGAACAUCCAGAACCAGCCCAGAGUGAACGAAGACCCCAAAGAUGCUCUGUUGCGCGAGUUCCAAAAGGAAAUCGCUCGCCUCAGGGCGCAGCUGAACCACAGGAAGUGGAGGAGCAAACAGAAGAAGGAGCAGGUGGACGGCGAAGGAUGGGACGACGACACGGCGGGUGAGGAGGAGGAGGAGGUGGAGAAGGAGGCGGAGGAAUAUGUGAAGCAGGAGGAACAGCGGUUGGAGAUGGAGAAGGAGGCCAUCAGAGGAGACCGCUUCCUAUUGGCUGAGGAGAAGCAGAGGCUCCUGGGAGAGAAGGAGAGGAUGAUGGGGGAUCUGAGGAAGGAGCAAGAAGCCACCGAGCACCUGACCGCCAAGUACAAGGCAAUGGAAAGCAAGCUGCUGGUUGGUGGAAAAAACAUCAUGGAUCACACCAAUGAGCAGCAGAAGAUGCUGGAGCUGAAAAGGCAGGAGAUUGCAGAGCAGACUCGUAAGGAGAGGGAGAUGCAGCAGCAAAUGUUGGUUCAAGACGAGGAGACAUUGGAACUGAGAGAGACUUUCACUUCUCUGCAGCAGGAGGUGGAGGCAAAGACAAAGAAACUCAAAAAGUAUCUGAAGCUGUAUGCCAAACUCCAGUGCAUCAAAGCGGAGAUCCAGGACGUUAACGACGAGCACGUGAGGAGCCGACAGGAGCUGGAACAGACUCAGAACGAGCUCACCAGAGAACUCAAGUUCAAGUAUCUGAUCAUAGAGAACUUCAUCCCUCCAGAGGAGAAGAAUAAAAUCAUGAACAGAUUGACCUUUGACCCUGAGGAGGAUCAGUGGAAGUUCCAGCCUCUUGUUCCGACUGAAAGUAAAUCCUCGCAGAUGAAGAAAAGGCCAGCCUCGGCGGUCGGAUACAAACGCCCCAUCAGCCAGUACGCCAGGGUUGCCAUAGCGAUGGGACCUCAUUCAAGAUACAGGGCUGAGAACAUCAUGUUUUUGGAGCUGGAUAUGACUCCUCUGAACACUGCUUCGCUGGAUCGCUCUACGGAGGCGGAGCCAAACCAAAGUCCCUCUCAGGACAACUCCCCGACCAAGGACAGAGGAGUGCGGAAGUCUCGCUCCUGGUGCCAGACUCAGAAAUCCAUCACGUCUUCUUCUUCCAAUGCUUCCUUGGUGGCGUGUCACACUUCCACUCCCACAGCUGCGCAGUGAAACACUGAAGCUACGGAGAAGAGUUUUUUAAACUGUUAUUUAUUUUGUUCUUAUGCUUUGUCUUCUUUCACUCAGUGAUCCUCUAUAACACCUCUCAGUGAGGCCUAAUGCUGGGAUGCAAACACGCACCAUCUCCUCCGCUGGAUCCUGAGCAGUGAUACUUUAAUGGAAGGUUAAACAGAUGAUGAUGUGACAUGAAACUCAAUGACCUGAUGAACCUCUGAAACUUUGUAAAACACCAUUUUCUCCUGUUCUAUGGAUGUAAAGACCCACCAACUUCCUGUCUCUGCAUGUUUGAGACCAAGAGCCUCGGAUCAUCCACAUAACAUUCACCUGGACGCAGUACUGCACUGCCCAGACUGGUGUGUGAGUGUGUGAGUGUGUGUUUGACCUAAAAGCUCACAAACUGCUUGAAUUCUACUGUAAGAUGUCAGUUUACAUACUUCAUGUGUUUGAGGGGUUUUUUUGGUGAGGGGGGGGGGGCAGGUUUGAUCUACUUUCCUUGAAAAAAGUUUGCUGAAAACUGAAUUCAUUGUCCACCACUGAAGAUCCUGCACUGAGUAAAUGUCUGUUUGUGAUUUAGAGCAAAGUAGUGAAUAUGAUGAAUAUAAUGUAAAAUGGUCAGAUGGGGUACUUUGUUGCCUGAAUGAUGACCUUUAUCAAACCUAUUCCACUGUCCCUUCACAGUCUGUAAUUUAUAAUAAAUGCCUUAAAGUGAUAUCAUUAAAAUUAAGACAAAGAGGCAA